AUGGGCAAGAUCAUUUUUUACGAGGACAGGAACUUCCAGGGUCGUUCCUAUGAGUGCAGCAAUGACUGCACAGAUUUGCACUCUUACUUUACCCGUUGCAACUCUAUCCGGGUGGAGAGCGGGUGCUUUAUGAUCUACGAGCGCCCAAACUACAUGGGAAACCAGUAUUUCAUGCGGAGAGGUGAAUACCCGGACUACCAGCGCUGGAUGGGAUUCAGCAGCUGUAUUAGGUCCUGUCGAAUGAUUCCAUCGUACAGAGGACCAUACCGGAUUAGGAUUUACGAGAAGGCAGACUUCGGCGGUCACAUGAUGGAGUUUAUGGAUGACUGCCCCUGCGUGUCAGACCGCUUCCACCAUCGCCACAUCUACUCCUGUAAUGUAAUGAAUGGCUACUGGAUCUUCUAUGAAUAUCCAAACUACAGAGGCCGACAGUACUUUCUGAGGCCUGGAGAGUACAGAAGAUAUCGUGACUGGUGCGCUACGUGUUCUGUUGUUGGGUCAUUCAGAAAGGUGACUGAAUUCUAG